CGCUUUGGGACUUUCAAUCUCCUGCAGAGAAGAGACACUCGUUGAUGCUCAGUGGGUUUUACGAUGACAGCAGACUGUGGAGUAGUUGGACUCUCGCUGAAAAGCAGCUCAGAGGAUUCUUCAGAGCGACACCAGAUGUGAUCCCGAUGCCCCGAUGACCUCUGACCCUCGCGCCAUGGACGCCCGCCGGCAGGCCAGCCCCCACCUCCACCACGCGGUCAACGGAGGCCAGAGGCCCGGCGAAGAUGAUGCACUGCAGUUCCUCAGCCAGGAGGAGCAGGAGUGCCUCAAGUUCUUUGAGAAGACCAUCGACUCGCUGGAUGAAAGCCCAGAGCCAGUCGGCGGACCCCCAACCUCGAAUCCCAUCGUGUCCUCCUCCCACUUAGCCAGACAUCCCAGUCCCAAAGACCAGGAUAUUAUAUACCUGGUCCGCCCAGAACCAGACCCGGUGCCGACCAAAGAGCCAAUCUUCAAUCCCAGCAGUCCAGAUUUUCACAACAUGAUGCAGAGCCCUGGAAGCCACUUCGAGUUCAAGCCACGGCACGACGCAGUGGACAGCUUGCCUUCAGAGUACAACCCUCAGUUACCAAGCGGCAAGCAUGGGCCGUCCGACAACCACUCCUCCUACCACCCUCCUGGCUCUAUCCCCACCCCGGUCCUGAUCGCCCAGCAGAUAGCAGAUCACAAGGGAGGUGGAACCAAUAACUUGCAUCCGUCCUCAUUCCUCCGCGGUCACAACCAGGAGUCCAACAAGCCACAGAGUCCCGUCGGCGAUCUUCUUGGUAAACAUGGUGCCAAUACCUUUACGAAGCCAUCCCGCUUCCCUCCUAACAUCAGCGUGAUGCUCGGCAACAAGGAGCACCAGAGCCAGUCAGUGGGCAAUGUGAACAUCCAGGAGAGACGGGCGCAAAUGCUGGCGAACCUAUCUGGGCUACCAAGCCCUCUGCCUCAGGAAGAUCCUCAGCCGACGGUUCAAAAUACUCCCACUCGCAGCACUUCCUUCAAGGACCCCUCACCAGACAAAUCCAGGAUGGAGGCCCUUUCUAAGCUGGGCCUGACCAGGAACCGAGCCAUGUCCGGGGGUCUGCCGCUCCUCACCGUCCCGAGCAACACUUCUCCGAAUCCUCAGACAGAUGAGGAAACCAGUGCCAAACCAAUGGAGACCAGUGCUCCGCCAACAACAGACAUCGCCAUCAAAGUGCCAGAAGCCAAUGUUACGGCAUCGCGUCCGAGUCCGAUUCCCGUUGAUAGUAAACCAGAGAUUCUUCGGAGUGAUUCUCUCAGGCGGUAUGACGAAAGACACCCGAGGCCGAGCCCCAGGCCGAGCCCCAGGCCGAGCCUCUCGCCUACAGCGGUCAAACAGAGCAGCUACUAUCCACCGCCUCCUUUAGAAAUGGCGUCUUUCCCCCCUCCGCCGGAAGUCGCCUCAGUGAACCCUUCUGUCUCAACUAGGAGCGAAUAUGCACCUCCACCUAGUCAGGAACCCAGAGUCCUCCUCCCAACUGUGCUGACGACCCCGAGCGAGUUCAACCACUACGGAGGAAAGACCAAAGUCAUGAACCCUGCGUCUGUAGAGGAGACCCAGAGCGACCUUCCAGAUAUCCUCAGCUCCCAUAUGAAGAGUCAAAGCUUGCCCGCCAAAUCGGAGAUGCUGCGCACCGAGCUCAACAAUUACGGAGGAAAGAGCCGAACCUUCAACCCCAACGUCGGGUUGGGUCCGGGAAGGAGUCUUAAAGCUUCGGCACCGACCCCGGGCCCAAAACCUCUUCGGCACUCCCACCACGGUGGCACUGCGCCCCAGAAACCAGCGCCGCGACCUCUGUCCCCCGAGCACCGGCAGAGAUCCACCUCCAUGUUUCGUCCCCAAGGCAUCACUGUGCAGUUUUCUGGAAAGGGGGCGACGGACGAAUCGCGCAGGCAGGCAUUGAGGAAACUGGGGCUGCUGAAGGAGUCUUGAGAGGAACUCUCCGGAAAAUCAAGUCUCCAACCCCGUCAGGCCUGAAUCUCUGGUGGUGGAGGUGGAAUGCUAGAAGUAUUUCCCCAUGUAUGUCUGAAGUGUGAUGUGUGGUUGGAGAGAAACAGACCAACGAUAGACCUGCACAGCCAGUUCUCACUUCCUGGCCAUAAAAAACUAACGAUUGUGACACGUUGCAGGUUUGGACAUAUAAACUGCUUUAUGUUGCCUGCAAUCCAAGACAUUGUAUACCUCUAAAAGAAGAUAUUUGGGGAGCAUACCGAUGCGGAAAAGAGAAGCAUCCACUUUCCUGCAGGUGUCCAAAGACUUUUGGUCUCACCGUUGGGCUGAUUGUAAAUAGCCAUCUUGUUUUUUUUCUUCUUUCCUUUCUUUAAAGUUCCUCAAGAAAAGGAGCUUGAAACAUUCCGUCAUUGUUACAGUCAACAAAUUCCAAUGAAAAGAUCCAGAGCCGUCAGUGUGGCCCCCAACUUCUUUGAUAUUAAUUUGGAAAGAAACCCCAACACCUGGCCGCCGUGGUUGAGUCAAAAUCAACAAUGGGACUUAAGACCAUCUUUUCCCUUGAGAUGCUCUCUGGAAAGGAGGCGCAGAUUAAAGGUUAAAUAGAUUUUUACUGGAGUUUUAUAUUUGGGUUUUUUGGUCAAAACUAAGGCGAGAUUAUCAAACCUCCACCCUAAUAGCCCUGGGUACGUUAUGUGGCAGAUAAUUUGUGGUAAAUUAUUUGGUAAUAUGAAUUCAAAUGAAAUACUCUAAGUUUCUGCCUCAUUUGGCCUCAAAAUCUAGUUUCAAUACCGUUUUACGGUGUCACUUUCCUUCUCAUAAUUAUAUAAAUGAACCCUUUAUUGAUCCCUUUAUUGUGGAAAUUCUUCUCUGCAUUUGACCCAAUCCUUAGUUAUUAAGGAGCAGUGGAACAAUGAAUGUUAAGCAGGCUGUGAAGUUACUCUGGACCUUUUAAUUAGAAUUUUUUGAUAGUUUGUUUACCGACUUUUGGGUAUUUUAGUCAGCGGUGAGUUUGUGUGUGUGUGCGUUUUUUUCUUUCUGUCUUUUUCUGUCAGCACUUUGAAGAAAAAGAACAAAGUUGAAAGGAACUUUUUCUUGGGUGUAAUUCUAUUCCUUCUGAAAAACGACCAAAACUGAAAAAAAGAGCUUUCUAGAAAGAUGUCGAGCUCGAGGAUAUUUUUACUACACGGACAAACCCCCCUAAACCCAACCACAGACUGUGGAGUGGGUUUGUGGGCAGGGCCUUUACGCUUUUUGUUUUACUACCAGGCUGAGGGAAUACUUGGAGACGUGUCUCUGGGGCGAGCUCGUUGUGCUGAACACUCAAGCACAAAAACCAAAACCACGAGUCUAAAUGCAUCCGGGGCUGUUGUGUGUUUUCAUUCCUGUCGACCAACACGCUGGGACGUUGUGCAAGUGUGUUAUUUAAACUGUUGUAUCAGAGUGUGUGUGUGUGUGUGUGUCUGUUUGUGCUUGUAUGUGUUUGUGUCUGAUUGUGUGUAUGUUGAUAUGUGUGUGUGUAUCUGUUUGUCUGUGUGUGUCUGUUUUUGUCUGUGUGUGUCUGUUUGUGUGUGUUGGUUUGUGUGUGUGUAUCUGUUUGAGUAUGUAUGUGUGUAUCUGUUUUUGUGUGUAUAUAUGUGUGUCUAUGUGUGUGUGUGUGUGUCUGUUUGUGCUAUUCUGUGUGUGUCUGUGUGUCUAUUCGUGUGUGUAUGUGUGUGCGUCUGUUUUGGUCUGUGUGUGUGUGCAUGUGUGUAUAUGCACUGUGUUUUAGACUCCGCCCUCUGUAGUUCACCUACAGUAACUUCUGAAGUAUAUUUAGUUCCCUCAGAAGUACGGAGGUACCUCUCAGUGAACGAUGUUUGUGUUGUUUUGUUUAUGGACUCCGGUUCUCUGUAGUUCAACUACAGUCAUUUUGAAGUAUCUGAUAUAGUACACAGUACAUACUUUAUAAGGACAUGUUUGUACAAAGUCUACAAGUGUAUACGUGCACACAACAGGGAUUUAAAAAGUGCAUGUGUGGUAAAUGGGAAGAUCAUGUGAGCGCCGCUGCUAACAGCCUGGUAUACUGUAUGACCCGAUUAUAAACUCUGUAUACUCUGCUUAAUAUAUAAAUAUAAUGUUGAAAUUGUCGUCAUCAAUCAUUAAACAGAAUAAUAGUAA